AGCCCCUCCCCGGAACUGCGGUGGACGCUGCCGAGGAGGGCUGGUGCAGCAGUGUCUGAGGCGGUUGGUCGGCGCCCCUACACGGAUCUAUUUUUCUCGGCCUUUCUGAAAGGGGAGAACGUGGCUCGAGUUCCAGUCUGACGACUUGUGCAUAGAUCACUUGUUUUUAAAUCACUUAAAAGCAACCAUGAAGCUGAAAGAGAAAAAAUCGAGGCCAGAGCCCCCAAACUAUGGCAGAAUUCAGAGGAAGGGCAUCAAAGUUGUGGGAAAAUGGAAGCAGGUGAAGAUUGACCCAAAUAUGUUUGCAAACGGACAGAUGGAUGACUUGGUGUGCUUUGAGGAACUGACGGAUUAUCAGUUGGUCUCCUCUGGGGAGAGUUCCUCCAGUCUCUUCUCAAAGGAGGAGCCCAAGAAGAGAAAGUCUCAAGCUGUUUCAGAAGGAGAGGAGGAAGGAGAGUCUACCUCCUCAAAGAAAAAGAUGAAGUUGAAGAAGAGUAGAGAUGUGGAAACUGAAGGAACCAGUGCCCAGAAAGUGUUUGAGGGCAAAGAUACUGAGCCAGGGCCCCAGGGAGAUGGCACAGUUUGUCCUGAUCCAGAGGUAGGGGAGAUGGCAUCAGAAAGCCCGGCUCAGACGGUUCCAAAAAAGAAGAACAAGAAAGGGAAAAAAAAAUCAGAGCCUCCUCAGGGUACUACUCCGAAGGUGCCCAAAAGAGCAAAGACGUGGAUGCCUGAAAUGCGUGAUCACAAGGCAGAUGUGUCAGCUUGGAAGGAUCUGUUUGUACCCAAGCCAGUUCUCUGAGCGCUCAGCUUCCUAGGCUUCUCUGCGCCCACACCAGUCCAAGCUCUGACCUUGGCACCUGCCAUUCGUGACAAACUGGACAUCCUUGGGGCUGCUGAGACAGGAAGUGGGAAAACUCUUGCCUUUGCCAUUCCAAUGAUUCAUGCAGUGCUGCAGUGGCAGGUGAAGAAGAAGCCUAUCCCAGCUCUAAGUAACACAGGAGCACCACUUGGGGAGACCAGUAAUGAGGCUGGAGUUGAGACAGGAUCACCAGGCAGGGCUGGAACUGAGUCUGGAGCUUUGCCGUUGAGAUUGGAAGCACUGCCCAGGGAGGCUGGAGCGAAGGCUAGAGCACCACGCAGCCAGGCAAGAGGCAAGAUUGGAGCUACAGUCUCAAACCAGGUGCUGCCCUCCUGUGAUGAUGAUGAUGAUGAUGCCGGUGAAGGACCUUCUUCCCUGAUCAGGGAGACGGCCAUUCCCAAACAGGAUGAAAACAAGGAGGACAAGCUUGAUGAAGAGCAGACUAGAAAGUUCAAACAAGAAUUGGGUGGCAGAAUUGCACAUCCAAGGCGUCCUCCGCUUGGACUGGUUCUGGCUCCCACUCGAGAGCUAGCCGUUCAAGUCAAACAACACAUUGAUGCUGUGGCCAAGUUUACAGGCAUUAAAACUGCUAUUUUGGUUGGUGGACUGUCCACACAGAAACAGCAGAGGAUGCUGAACCGUCAGCCUGAGAUUGUGAUUGCCACUCCAGGCCGGCUGUGGGAGCUAGUUAAAGAAAAGCACCCUCAUUUGAGCAACCUUCGGCAGCUCAGGUGCCUGGUGGUCGAUGAGGCUGACCGCAUGGUUGAGAAAGGCCACUUUGCUGAGCCCUCAAAGCUGCUAGAGAUGCUCAGUGAUUCCCAGUACAACCCAAAGAGACAGACACUUGUUUUUUCGGCCACGCUGACCCUGGUACAUCAGGCUCCUGCUCGAAUCCUUCACAAGAAGCACGCUAAGAAAAUCGACAAAACUGCCAAACUUGACCUCCUCAUGCAGAAGAUUGGCAUGAGGGGCAAGCCCAAGGUCAUCGACCUCACAAGAAAGGAGGCCACGGUAGAGACACUGACAGAGACCAAGAUCCAUUGUGAGACUGAUGAGAAAGACUUACAUCUGUACUACUUCCUGAUGCAGUAUCCAGGCCGCACCUUAGUGUUUGCCAACAGUAUCUCCUGCAUCAAACGCCUCUCUGGGCUCCUCAAAGUCCUGGAUAUCAUGCCACUGACCCUACAUGCCUGCAUGCACCAGAAGCAGAGGCUCAGAAACCUGGAGCAGUUUGCCCAUCUGGAGGAUUGUGUUCUCCUGGCGACAGAUGUGGCAGCUCGGGGCCUGGAUAUUCCUACAGUCCAGCAUGUCAUCCAUUACCAGCGCCUCCCACCCUACAACGUACAGGAAGCCUGGGGCAGGUGCAAGGCCAGCGGCUCCCCAGGUCCCAGGGCCUGGGGAUGGGCCAGGAGCAGGUUCUCGCGGCAGGGACUUACCUCCUCCCACCACAGCUGCAGCAGCCUUGGCUGGAAACCGAAAGAACAUUCCGUGAGUGGAUCCACACUGGUUGCCCCUCCACUCCCUGAGCCCACAGCCCGCCUACGGGGGGGCUGCCCCAGGCUGGGAGACACAGGGAGGGAGGACCCCUGCCUGCUUCUUCCUGAGAAGACACCCUAUACCCAUCCCAGGCUACAGCUGGAGUGAAAGCCUCCCAUCCUCCAGGGCUCAGCCUACUUGUCACUUUCUGCAGGAAGCAUGUCUAAUUCCCCCAUCAGAAGUCACCCUGCUUCCUGACAGUCAUCGCCAGGAAGACACUGGAACUCACCAAAAAAGAUACCCCACAUCCAAAGACAAAGGAGAAGCUGCAAUGAGACGGUACCCACAAAAUGGAAAUCACUUUACUUGGGGAAGAGCAAGAGGACAAGAUGAGAUGAAAAGGAAGCAUGUUUAAAAUGGAUAGAAGGAGGCACUUUUUUCCCACUACACACAAUUGAACUGGGGAACUCACUGCAGCAGGAUAUUAAGAUCAAUGGUGAAGAUUUGUGUUUUAAAAGAUUAGACAUUUCACAUGCAUAUCAUCAACAGCGACACUCAAUGGGAUGAAAGUAAGAUGGAUGAAAGUUCUCAAGCUUCAGUGCGUAAGCUGAUCACCAACUGGGUCAGGUGAAAAGAAAACAAGUUGUCGACUGGAUUAAAAUUUCACAGAAAGGCAGAUCUGGGGGGUUCCAGUCAUUACUGCUGUGUAACAAACCACUCCAAAGUAGUGGUGUGAACCAACAGGCAUUUUAUUAUGCACAUGGAUACGGUGGAUCAGGAAUUUGGAGAGGGCACAGCAGGGAUGGCUUGUCUCUGAUUCAUGACAUCUGGGGCCUCAGUUGGGAAGACUUGAACAACUAGGAAUGACUUGAGGUUGGGGGCUGGAAUCAUCUGGAAGCUUCUUUACCUAACCUGGGAUGACUUGAAGGCUCACUCAGCUGGGACUGUCAAGUGGAGCAUCUAUAUGUAGGUGUCAAGAGGGAGUGUCCCAAGAAAAAGCACUUCCAAAAAACAAGUGUCCCAAGAGACCCAGGUAGAAACUACACGGCCUUUUAUGACCUAUCCAUGGAAGUUUUAGAGCAUCACUUCCAACACAGUCCAUGGGUCAAAACCGUCACAAGCCCACUGAGAUUCAAGAGGAGGAGACUUAGGACCUCCUACAUCCCUCCCCUAUGGGGAAUGGCAAGAUCACAUUGCAGAAAAACCUGUGGGAUGGGAGAGGUUUUCGCAGCCAUCUUUGGAAAAUGCAAUCCCCCAGGGAAGUGGUGGGUGAUGUGAGGUUACAAGAACACACAAUCUAGUGGAAAAAACUGACAUAUGAACAGAGAAUCACAGUACAAUAAAAUAAAUUUCAAGGUAGUUAUUUCCCCCUCUUUUACAAGAAUUCUUUUUUUUUCCCUUUGAUAAGAGUCAUCACAUUAAAAUUUUUUCAUUCAUUGUCUGUCUUCUACUAGAUUGGAAUCUCCAUGCAUUUAGUUUCCUACUGUAACCCCUGUGCCUAAAACACUACCAAGCCCAAAAUAGGCACUCAAUAAAUAUUUGCUGAAAGAGUAUAUGAGUAAAGUGCUGUAAUAGAGAAGUAGUGGGAGGGCUGUGGGAGUACAGGCAAUAACAAAGCACUCAGCUUGACAGAAAUGACAUUUGAGUGGGUCUUGAAUGCUCUUGAAGGAUAAACAACGAUUUUUCUGGUGGAAAAAAAAGGGAAUAAAUUUUUCUCCUUAAAUCUCCUCCAGAGACUUCAUUAGCCAAGUUUAAGUGGGCAGAUCUCAUCCUAAGUGUACAGACUGCAUGUAGUAGUUACAAUGUUCUUGGUUGCAAGUGAAAGAAAACAGGGACUCAAAUGUAUUAAAAACUAAGCAGCGUAUCGUAUCACAUAACAACAAGUCUGGAGGCCAACAGUUCAGGCAGCCUCAAUGCCAUCCUUCUUCACUGGGUCAACUUAGCUCCUUUGUGGUUGCAAGAUGGUGCCCACAGUGGUAGGCAUCACAGGCAGACAAAACAAUACCCAGCAGGGGAGAGGACUACUUCUCCUUUGGAGUAAGAUCUUUCCCAUAAGCCCCUGACAGACUUACCUCACACUGGCCCCCACACCACGCCUUAUUGGCUAGAACUGUGUCCCAUGCAUGUAUGUAACCUAAACGCUGAUAAGAAGAAAGGGAGAAACACGAGCGGUUGGACUAAUCACGUGUUACUCCUUGGGGCUUGACCUGAAGCUCCUGCCUCUCCUGAAGCACAGGGCUAUGCAGAAAAGGGUGGAUUCCCCAACAAAACAGAACAAAACAAAUAACGGGGGUUUUGUUAGGAAGGAAAAAGGGGAGAUGACUCCUCGGCACAUAAUCAACAGUGUUUGCAACAUUAGGCUUGGGGAAGGUUAAUGUUCUGUUUUCUUUGUGGAUGACUAUUACCUAACAAUUUUAUUUAUUCUUUUUCAUGCUUUUUGCUCCUUUCCUUUCUCCUCUGCACUAGUAGUCAGUUGAAUAAAUCAAGCGCUGUAUCAAUAGGAAAGAGUGUCAUGUGUACAGUGUACAUACGAAUCUAAUUAAUCAAAAAUAUGUUGAUUAGACGUGAGUGCACUUUCAGGUAAAAACCUUGAUUCAGAUGCUUCUGAUAGCAUAGCCAUGCCCAGCUGUUCACCACUUGAAUCGUGCUCUUUCAUGGCCUUGUGCCCGUUACUUGUGCUGAUUCCUCUGUCUAGGAAGUCCUUCUCAGUUUCUUUACCUAUAGUGGAUACUAGUGAUUGCCUCUCCAGCGUCCAUUCUAUCCUUCUAGUAAUUUGCUUGAAGAGGUGGCGAACUGCAAAACUACUUUUUUCAGACUCCCUUGCAGCUAGGGUCUUGAUCUGAAAUAAGUUCAGUCAAUCAGGUGCACUUGUGUAAGAUUUGGAGGCAGAUGCAAGGAGAAGGCAUCAUUCUGUUGCUGUUGCUGUUGGCCAGCAAGGUUUGAGCAAUAAUGUUAAGAGGCAUUUAAUGCUGUUGGACUCAAUGUCCUGUUUCAGUGUCUAGUCACCAGUUUCAUGGGUGUGAAGAGCCCUUGCUGCAGCACCAUCCCAACUUCUGGAACAUAGCUACUGUGGUAGGCCCAUGAACUCAGUAGCCCAGGGGUACCCCCCUGACUUCUGCCCCUCCAGCUCAUCAAUUUUGUAAGCCUCUGUUUGAUUCUCAGUAUUAAAUAUUUCUCUGUUUGAAA